UUGGAGAUAAGGCAGGAAAACAUCAUAAGUAGGGGGAGUUGUAGAUUAGAUAGAAGAGGGGAGUCGGGAGAGUUUAUCAAGAGAAAUAAAAUGGCGUGUUUGUCAAUGGUCUGUUCUGGAAUACGAAACCAUGCCCCAUCUGCAUCUGCUUCGCUUUCUCUACAUAGUGGUUCUUCAAGAAUGACAACUUUGAAAAUGGGUGGUUCAAGCGGUCGUCCAGGGUUGCUUCACUGCUCUUUUGUUCCUUCCUCUGCACUCUCCACCUUAUCUGCUUCUACUUCCUUCUCUGGUUCAUCAUUUGGGUUUGGCUUCAAUUCCAGCAUUGGAGUGAGCACCCCUAAAAGGCGUGGCCUGGUGGUGAGGGCAAAGAAGUAUGCUCUUUGUCAGACUAAGAGGAAUAGAUCAAGGAAGUCGUUGGCUCGAACACACGGUUUUCGCAAGCGUAUGAGCACCACCAGCGGCAGAGCAGUUAUUCAGCGCAGACGUGCAAAGGGCCGAUGGGAUCUCUGCCCAAAGUCUUCACCUAGAACUGGGAAACGAGCUUGAUCUUUAUUCUUUUCUCAUAACUGAUUUUUGUGGGUAAUAUGUUAUCUUUUUUCAGAAAUUUGCUUGCAACGAGUCUGCUGUAAUUUUCGUUUGUUAAAUUCAAAGAACUAACUCGCUAGUUUCCAUAUA